GUGAAAGAAAAACAGAGUUUUUCCAUGUUUCAGAACAUUUGUUACUACUGCUUGUUACAUGCCCCUCACACGACCCGUGGUUCUUUCAGAUCGAUAAAUUCAAAUUAGCCCUCAGCCAUGAUUGGGACUGGACUUUGUGUGUUUUCAUACCCACGCCGGCCCGUGUAGUGUUCUGCAAAUAUACCUCCUGUCCGGUGCGUGUCUUUUUGACUCGUGGGGCGCAAUUUAAGAAGUCGAACGCCUGGGGACACAACAGAUCUCUGGCGACGGAGGUGUUGAAUUAUCAUGGCUAUUUCAUUCGAGCAGUUGCAGUCCCUCCUUCAGCAGCAACAACUCCAGUUUGAAAAAUCACAGCGGCAGUUAAUUCAGCUGUUAUCAGAAAAGCUCAACAUUCAAGUGGAAUGGGAACCGGAACCGAGGUUAACAGCCCAGGAAAUUGUAUCUGAAUACCACAAGCUGCCCAGUUUGAAUCAUGACCCAGAAACGAUUGCAACUUCAGAACACAGAGAAGAACCCCAGCCCUGUCAUACAGUCAUUGGUGUCCAAAAUGUGAAUGGAAACGUGCCGAACUGGAAGCCCCCGACUGCAGUAUGGAACGGUGAUGGAAGACGUUCUGUGAGAAAUUGCGCCCACAAAAAUCAUCAUUGUCAAAAGGCGCACCAAUUCAGAUGCGCGUAUACUCCAAGGUUGCAAGCGAGCUCAAAAUUCAAAAGAAACAGGUAUCUGGGCACAGUGAGAGACACGCCUUUUGCAGUAUUUCGUACACACUUUUCAGGGAAGAGGAAAUACCCCACAGUGAAACGCAAGUAUGUCCCGAUAUCGCUGCUACCAGAAACGUUGCAUGCUCUCAAGAGCACUUCUCUUGGAACCCGGGCAAGACUUGGCACAUCGUCAGUCAAACCUACAAUCCUAACGGUUAAAAAGGUUUCAGAGGAACUUCUGCAGCUGAAAGGAAGCAUCGCCUGUGAACGCAGACUCAAUGAUUUGCUACACUAUGGAAAAAUCUACCCAGUAUACUCUACAAAUGAUAAGCUGCACGGAACCAACCGGAUUACGAAGUUAAAUUUUAUCAAAGAGUCAAUGACUCAUCUACCAGUACGGGCGACACUGAUGUCUUGGCCGAAGCCCGUACCCCCAUGGUCGCAGAUCCAAGUGGACUUAGGUGGAUCCGCUUCGAAAGAGUUAAGUGAACCCCAGGUAACCCGCAUUUUUAAGAGAGGGAGGUGUUGGAGGUGAAAGAAAAACACAGUUUUUCCAUGUUUCAGAACAUUUGUUACUACUGCUUGUUACAUGCCCCUCACACGACCCGUGGUUCUUUCAGAUCGAUAAAUUCAAAUUAGCCCUCAGCCAUGAUUGGGACUGGACUUUGUGUGUUUUCAUACCCACGCCGGCCCGUGUAGUGUUCUGCAAAUAUACCUCCUGUCCGGUG